AUGAAUGGGGACACAUUUCGUGAGUGGAUGGAGGGCAUUCUACCUCUAUUAAAACCCAAUUCCGUAAUUGUUAUGGACAAUGCGUCCUACCAUUCCGUCAUAAUCGACAAAGCCCCAUCAUCCCAUACCCUAAAGGCGGAUAUUAUCAAAUGGUUGGAAGAUAAAGGAGAAGUGAUAAAUCACUCAAUGGUUAUCACUCAUCUUCUACUUAGGGUCAAACGUUUGAAGCCACUACAUAAAAAACUUAACCCCAUAGAGCUGGCUUGGUCAUCAGUAAAGAACCACGUCCGGAUGAAUAACACAACAUACAAGCUUCCUGAUGUAAAAAAAUUACUGAUAGAGGGCAUAAAACGAGUCGACGCAGAAAUGUGGCAAAAUUUUAUAAGCCACACUAACAAAUUAGAAAAACAAUUUUAUGAAGUCGACAAUAUUAUAGACGAGGUCUUGUCCGCGGAGAAAUCGGAUAAUUUAUUGAUGACUUUAACUGGAGACACAUCAUCUGAAACGGAUUCAGAUAGUGAUUAA